AUGAUAGAUAUAACUAUAAGAAUUCAUGAUGACAUGAAUAAAGAAAAUAAAAUUAGACAUAAAUAUCAAAUUAUUGGUGAAAUUAUGCAUACUAAAGAUCACAAAGAUAAAUUUUCUCCUUAUACAUUCAAUAACUAUGAGACUAGUCUUAUUAAUUAUUUAAAAUUAAUGUAUGAAAAGCAGAAUAAUUUUGAUCAAGCUCUUUUAAAUGAACAAAAUUUUGGAUAUGUGUCAUUUCGAUGUGGAAUAAUUUCGUAUUCAGAAUUGUCUAAUUCAUAUGAUGGAAUAUUGGGGGUUAGUGGAACAUUAAAAGAUUUAUCUGCUGAUCUUACUACUCAUCAUUUUUUUUGUAAGGAUUGGUUUGAUACAAUUGUUAUUAAGAGUCGAGGAAAACUUAAAGACGAUCGAACUGUUUUAAUAUUUUUUGAUAUUGAACAACUGUUGGAAGAAUUUUAUCAAUUUUAUUCAAUACACUUAGGAGUUGUUCCUUUCUCUAUAACUCAAAAUAAGAUUAUUGAUAAUAAAGGAGUGAGAGAGUAUAAAAAUGAUAUUUUAGAGAAAUUGAUUGAAGAUGAAUAUGCUGGACAACAUGAACAUGUUACUCUUUUGACUAAAGAAAUUGGAAGAGGUGUUGAUUUUCAAGUAGAAGCAAAAAUAAACGACAAAGGUGGUAUUCAUGUCAUUCAAACAUUUUUCUCUAUAAGAGUAGCAAGAAAAGAUGAAUCUGAUAGUUAUGAAUUGAUCUUGUAUCUGGAACAUCUAAAAGGAAAUAAUGGACAAAAAUUAAAAUCUGUAAUAAAAGGUAUAACAUAUAUGGAGUUAGAUAUACAAAGAUGA